UAUGGAAUAAAGGUGAUUAUAUAGCAAGAUGUAUUCAAAAAUGUGAAGAUUGUUAUAUAGAAGCUGAAGAACUCUUUUCUUAUAAACAAGAAAAACAUAAAAAAGUCACAAACUUGCUUGAUAAUAAAGUCUUCUUAAAUGAAUAUCAAGAAUGGUUGUGA